AUGGAGAUGGAAUUAGCAAACAGUCAAAAGGAGAUUGACAGUUUGACCUCACAAUUUGGUGAUCUUGACCAGUUUGACCAAUUUACAUAUCCUUUAGAGCUUCAGAGUAUGAUAGAAAAUGUAGGCGGGGAAAGGUUAAAAGCCCAAAAGUUGAAGGUUAACAAGAUUCAGUCGUUAAUCGAUCAACACAAAGAUGUGCUGGAUAGAGCAAAGCAUGACUAUGAACAACUGAAGAAAACUGUUGAUGAACUGCGGGCAUCUGAUCAGAAUGUCGAGUUGGUAAAAGAGCUGAAACUACAAAUAAAAGAGCUGGAAGGAGCCGUGGGUGAAUCCACCAAGGAUUCUGAUGUGUCUAAGAGAGUGCCUCAGAUGGUAGCAGUUGUUAUAGGUGUAGAUGUUGCUGAUGGGGAUGUUGUUGUCAAUGUUUACAUAAACCAUGAGAAGAAGUUUGCCUUUGUGGAGAUGAGAUCUGUUGAGGAGGCCAGUAAUGUCAUGGCCUUAGAUGGAAUUCUUUUUGAGCUUUGCUAUUUGGAACAGGGUGUUGACUUCCUAGUUGCCUCUCCAGGACGCUUGGUGGAUAUGAUAGAGAGAGCCAAAGUUUCUCUCCAAAAAGUCAAGUAUUUGGCUUUGGAUGAGGCCGAUCGAAUGUUGGAUAUGGGGUUUGCGCGCCAGAUAAUAAAAAUUGUUGAGCAGAUGGAGAUGCCUCCACCAGGUGCAAGGCAGACAAUGCUUUUCAGUGCAACAUUUCCAACUGAUAUACCAAAGCUUGCACCAAAUUUUCUUUCAAACUACAUAUUUCUAACUGUUGGAAGGGUUGGAUCCAACAUUGAUCUGAUUGUUCAAAGAGUUGAAUUUGUCUUGGACAUGGACAAAAGAAAUUAUUUGAAGAGGCUCCUUAAUGCCCAGAGGGCAUAUGGAACCCAUGGAAAGAACUGUAUUGUCUUGAUGGAGCAGGCUUUGACUCUUGUUUUUGUGGAAACAAAAAAGGAGCAGAUGCAUUAG